AUGUUGAACACUCAGAGUCGUGGCAGCUUUGCCAUCUCUUCCACACUCGUUUUGCUUUUCUUCUCCACUUUGGAAUGCUCUACUGCUCAGCAGUUUUUACCGAUUGACUGGAGCGAGACUAAACAUGGGCCAGAUGGACCUUGGAACGCCCUGUCCGUACAGGUUGGCGGAAUGAAGAAUUCGACUCCCAUCAAGUUGCAGCAAGUGCAAGUUGACCUUUACCCUGGCAGUCAUUGGAGCUCGUUUAUCCCCAUGAACGUGUCAUGCGAGACGGCUGGAUCUACCUGUGGUCAGGGUACAACAUGGUCACCCAGCUUCGACCGCGGGACCGAAGCUGUGACAACGGUCUCUGUCAGUUUCUCGCCAUAUUUCGUAUGGAAUAACACGAACACCAAUUUCGAAGGAGAGGUGGUCGCUCAGGCGAUCACUCUUGGUGGCAAGACUGUUUAUCAAGCCGACCUAGUCAGUUUCGGGCCCGAAGGAUCUGGAUAUGGCUACAGCAGCUCUAUCACGUACCCCAAUGGCGUGAAAACCCUUCCAUCACUUGGACUGCUGGCGCUCAAUGCUGGCCCUAACAACAAAGACAUGGAUCAGCAGUUCGCAAAGAGUGAUACUAACAGUACAUACGGCUCUGAAAGUGUUUGGAUACCCGCGGGAUAUCUCUACAACCAAAGCAUCAUUCCAUCUUACUCUUAUGGCUUGCAGAUGGGUUCUGCCGCACUCGGAUAUCCUGGAUCCUUGUACCUCGGAGGCUACGAUAAAGGAAGAGUGAUUGGACCAUACACUACCUACGGCACACAGAAUCCGACCUUGCUUGACAUUCAAAUUGGAGUCGAGACGGGAGGUAGCCCUUUCUCCUUCCAGAACAAGACCAAUUUGUUGCUCCUUGACAACGAUGAUGGCGGCAGCAUCAACGUAGAGAUUGUACCACAUUCACCAUCCCUCUACCUUCCGGUCAAGACUUGUGAGGCGUUGACCAAAGUCUUGCCGAUCUACUUCGAUCAAGUAACCAAGUACUAUCUCUGGAACACAUCUGACCCGAACUAUAAUUCGACGGUCAAGUCGGCCUCGUACUUGAGCUUUAUUUUCCCUCCCGCACCAGGGGCUUCGGACAACGUCACCAUCAAAGUACCCUUCAAAUUACUGAAUCUCACUCUCACUUAUCCUAUUGUUGCUUCGCCAGUACAAUACUUUCCGUGCCAGGCAACAGUGCCCAACGUUGACAGCCGCAUUGUUUAUGCUCUUGGUCGAGCCUUCCUUCAAGGCGCGUUUGUCGGCUGGAACACGAAUACGAACAUCGGAUGGCUCGCUCAAGCUCCUGGUCCAGGUGACUCUGGUACGGGACUGGGCACAGAGGGGAAGAACAUCGCAAAUGAUGCUACCGUGAUCGAUGUGUACGAUGGCAGCAAGAGCAAUUACUUUGCACAGUCAUGGGCCAAACAUUGGGAGCCGAUACCUUCGACUGCUAAUACAGCGCCAACCUCUGCGGCCUCGGCCCCGGCUUCGACAGCUCAACAAAAGAGCAUAUCUACGGGCGCCAUAGCCGGUAUUGCUAUUGGCGGCGCCGUCGUCGUCUUUGCGCUCACCGCAGGCUUAGUCAUAUGUGCAAUGAGGCGCCGCAGACAACGCAAAACUGUCAAAGAGAUCCCACUUGAUGAGCGGAGCGACUCUCCUAAGACAGUCGACAUUAUGAUGGAGUCACCUUCUCGGUUGCUUACACCACCGCCGCCUUUCACCCAUGGUCCGCACGAGCUCCAUCAGGGCCGAUUCUACCAGGUUGCAGAGAUGCCAAGCAACCGCGAAGUACAGGAGUUGCAUGCGGAAUCUCGAUCCGCACCAGUGAACUUGGGACGACGCGACGUUCACGAGUUAGGACUUCCCCCGACUCCCAGAAUUUAAGCGUAGGGAACUAGAGACAGGUGAAUGGUGACGGAUCAUGAUGUUUAUGGCAGACAAAGGUGCCAACGAUUCUUAUGUUGUCUCCUUAGUAUACCAUUGUGCAGGCACAGUUUCGUGCGUAAUAUGUUUCUUAGGAUAUAGUUGAAUACUGUCUUAUUAUCAAUUUCGGU